AUGGGAAGGGGCCCAAGCAUGGAUAUGGGCUGCUUCAAUCCCUUGCUAUUUUGUAUGAGGGAUGCUCUCCAUGCUCAUGACAUUGGUAAUCGUGAUAAAAAUCUUAAUGAGAGGCUAGAUGACAUUGAGAAGCAUAGCAAAACAUUUAACUUCAUUAACCUUGCAUCUUAUGAGGAUAGCAGGCAAAGUUAG